AUGGUAUUAUUUAAUUAUGAAAAUAUAAGAUUAUUUCCUACAUUUGAUGAAGUUUACAAUAUAAAUCCCGAAAUAUAUGAAUCUAAAUAUAAUUCGGAAUGCGACUAUAUUAAUGAACUUUUCGAUAAGGAAUAUAAUGGCAGAACUUUUAAAACUGCCUGCAUAAAAAUUGCAGAUUUUAUACAGUUUUAUUUCUCAAACGAAAAUGACUCGGAUGAUAAUAUAGAUGCUUGUAUAUAUUUAAACUAUGUUAUACAUAAGGAAAUCAGUGAUUUUAAUAAAUCUUAUGAUAAAACUAAGGAAUUUUACGACAAGUUGAUAAAGAAAUUUGAAGAAAAAUCAUUCAUACUUCGUAAAUAUUGCAAGGAAUCUAUUCAACAUUUAGAUAAAAAUAUAUAUGAAAAUGUGGGAAAAUUGUACACACUCUAUUCUAUUUUUGAAAAAUUCAAAAUUACAUAUCCACAAAGAAAAACUGUGAAGAAAUGGAUAAAUGUGUUUCCCUAUUCAAAAAUUACACACACGAUUGCAGUGACUAUAUUAAUAGUGCAUUUUGUAACGCAUUGUUAA